AUGGCGCCUACUCAUCACUACAACCUCGUCAACGACGACAGCGACGACACCAAAGCCGAGCUUGACAACAGCAGCCUACCCCCCAACACACCGUCGUGGAAACACGCGUUCUACCUGCUUCUUGCUGCGAGUGCAGGCCUGGGUGCAGCGUUUGGCGUAGUCCUUGCCUCGUCUCUACUCAAACCCAGCACUAGCAUCGUGUCUGAGGGUAAUGCCACUAGCAUCGCGUCCGCGUGCAACGCCACCACCAACACUCCUCUGUCCGCAGACAUCGUGGCACCGGCUCCCUUGACCCAGCAACUGUCCGUCCAGACGAAUAAGACCGACCCGCUAGAGGGAGUAGUCCUUGACUGCGGAUGGUCUCCCGAGGAAGCACGCGCAAAGGGCUGUGUUUACGACGUCAUGAUGCAGGACUGGGUUCCGGAGCCAUGUUACGAUGGGCUCUUGACCGAAAGAUACCUCGCGAGAGGGAACUACACCUGGUAUGCGGACAUCGAAGGGACCGUCAUGUCGGAUGAAGAGAUGCGCAAAGGCAAUCACCGUGAGGCGUGGAUGUCAGGAGAUUAUCACAAAGAUCACUGUAUCUUCUCCUGGGAAAAGCUCAUCCGUGCCAUGCGCAACAACAAGCCCAUAAGCCAGGAAUUGGUGUCCUACGAUCACGUUCUGCACUGCCAUCACCAGACGCUGGGUGAAGAGGGAUCUAUGAGAAAGCGAGACGGGGCUAUCGGCGUCAGAGCGCCGACCAACUAUGCCAAAUGUGCCCUGUACAGUACCUGGAAAGCGGAUUUCAUACCAGACAAACAUCCUUCGGACACGAAGUAA